AUCGUAUGCGCGAUUCCGCCUGCGGACGAACCGAAAUAAAUCGAACGACGCCAAGUCGAUCAGAGCGGUACGGCGUUCGCUGGACGUGCGCGUUUCGCGUUAGUGAUGAUCAAAACGGACCGCCGUCGUCGCCGUGGUCGCUCGUGGCACAGCACACAGACGAAACAGCCGUGAUCCGUGAUUCGUGCUCUGUGUUACGAGUCGCGAGGCAGAGAGAAAAAGCCCGAGAGGGAAAGCCCGCCGUUGCGUCGUCGUCGUCGUCGUCGUCGUCGUCAUCGUCGUCGUCGCCGCCGCCGCCGCUGCCGUCACCGUCGUCACCGUCGUCACCGUCGCGCUCCGCUGCAGCGGUCACGGAUGCAUAUGGAGGUGUCCCCGAACCGGCGCUGUCUGAACCAGCUCAACAGCUGAUCGGAGCACGAAGCGGCGGUGAACGGGGCUACUAUCGCACCACCACCCCGCGUUUCGGAGAAAUUCAGUCACACGUGUCCACUAGGUAAACAAAUAAAAAAAGAAACCCCGUAAAAUCUCUUGGCGAAGAAAGAGAUCUGUAUCCUUACACACCUGGCAAGAGGAUAGGAGGAUAGCAAGUAAGGGCGAAGUGUGUUCUCGCUCGCUUGGAUACGCCAUCAUGGUGAAAACUUUUCAAGCGUACCUACCUUCCUGUCACCGCACUUACUCGUGCAUUCACUGCCGUGCUCAUCUCGCCAAUCACGACGAACUCAUUUCUAAGUCCUUCCAGGGCAGUCAAGGUCGUGCCUAUCUCUUCAAUUCUGUGGUGAACGUAGGUUGCGGUCCCGCGGAGGAGCGAGUUCUGUUAACUGGGCUGCACGCUGUCGCUGAUAUCUAUUGCGAGUGCUGCAAAACCACUUUAGGGUGGAAAUAUGAACAUGCGUUUGAAUCAAGUCAGAAAUACAAGGAAGGAAAAUUUAUAAUUGAACUUGCCCACAUGAUCAAGGAGAAUGGAUGGGAAUGAAAAGCAGAGGGGAAUAGAAGAGUUCCCCAUGCCUCUCAUCAAAUUUUUCCUGAUAAUGCCUACAACGUUGUUCUAAUUGCAAUGUACGGCCCCUCUCUAUUCGAACCACCAACGAAAGUCUGUGAUUUCAUUUGUGAUUUAUAAUCUUAGUAAUCUUCGUUUCGGACAAUUCAAACACAUCGGUUUGCUUCUGAUCAAAUCGAGCAAGCAAAGGUAUCGCGGCGAUCUAUAUUCGUCGGUGGACACAUCACCAAGUAUAGUAAAGAAAUUAUUUUUCAAUGGAAGAAAAAAGUAGAGUAAGAUGACGAUGUCGAGUAAUGGUGGAACGUGACGAUGAAGGUGCCAUGGUGGAAAUAAAAAAGCGAGAUUGCUCGGUACGAGCAGUGGGGUGCCCCCCCUCUCUAAUUUUGAUUCAUUAUCUUUGUAGACAUUGCGUGCAGUCGUGUGUCGACACUGAAUGUUAAAAAUUAAAUGUGCGGGGCACCCCGACAAUCAGUUUUAUCUGUUUUACGCACCGGAACAGCGCAAGUGCCACAGACUUUGCCGGACUGAUUGCCUGCCUGCCGCGUCUGUCAUUGGAAUUUCACUGCCGAUAUUCCUAAUAUUAAUUAAGAAUGCUACGUCGUAUUUAGAUGGCGUAGUAGUAUAGUUCUAGUUUAGCAUAUAUUAUAGAGUACUAAAGCCUAUAUUAUAUUAUUAUAGGACUUUGUGGAUAUAGAAAAUAGGAAUGAAUAAGAGUAAUGGAAGCAAGAAGAGCAAAAGAGAGAAAGAGAGAAUUUGCAUAAAUGUGUGCAUAUGUGCGCGCGCGUGUGUGUGUGUGUGUGUGUGUGAGGAAAAGGAGAAUAUAAAUGAAAAAGUCUGGUUAAGUGUCACGUCUACAUGUUUGGUUUUACGUUCAUCAUGCCUACCAAACUGUCUGUUUAUCUGCCAGUUGCCACUGUUAUUACAGUAGUAUCACGUUAUAAUACGUUAACGUUUUCAUCGGCUGAAGGUGUGAUUGAAGUUUUUGUUGUGGAAUCUUGAAACUGCGCCUUCCUAUGCACGCAAUACGAAAAAGGGUGAUUGUUUUCUUGAAUAUCUCGAUCUCGUUCAUGAAUAUUUUAUAAGAUCCAACUAUAUUUACGAAUGUUAGUAAUAACAGUCGCUAUCGUAUAAAAAAAUAAUUUCAUUGAGGAGUGAACUUUAUCAUCAAACUUUCGAUUACACAAAUUUAUAAUCGAAUAUCCAUAAUAAAGUUAUCGCUGCUUAUAUGUUGGUGCGUUUUUCAUACUAUGUAGUCUUGGCGUGAGAAAUUUUCCUUUGGGAUAUCAGUAUAGAGGAUGGCUAUAUACGAAUGUAUCAUUUGUGCUUUAUUCCUUGACGAGCUCUUCCGUUGCUAUCUUCUUGUUACAAUUAUCGAAACAAAAGUUAAACAAAAUUUAUGGCUAGUGCACUUAUUAAGAAAUCAAAUAAAGUUGCGUCUGUGCGUGAUACUUAACAAUUGAACUGAUGAUUUGUAUAAAUUAUUGUUUAAUAACAUUAAACGACUGCGUUGACUAACUCGUGAUAUUAAUUGACGUUUUAAAAACUCGUUUCUAUCUUAUGUGCGUAUUGUUAUAUUAACAGGAAGAUAGCUUUAUUAUGUUUAUUGCAUCAAGCGAUAAUCUAUUUAUAUUGUAUAAAGUAUUUUGUAUAAUAUCAGUAAUCAUCGUUUGCACUGUUUUCCAUUAGAAAUUUAUGUAUAGACAAAUCAUACUUUAGCUUUCAAGUGCAUACAUAUGAAAGUGCAGUAUAUUUGUGCAACGUAUGUAGAAAAAUGUUUGACUAUCUAUCUGUUCGACAGAUUGACUGACUGACUAAUUGACCGAUUGAACGAAUAAAUAAAUGAAUGAAUGAACGAAUGAAUGAUUGUGUCGGCCUAAUAUUCACGCUGUCACUCAAAGAGUACUUUUUAUAUUAAUGUGCCGAUACCCGCACUCACCUUUUCCGAACCUUGUUAAAAUGUACCUAUCAAUACACUAACUCUGUAGUCUUCAGCCUCCACCAACUUCCACCAUCACAAGAUUUUGCUUUGUAAAACGUGUUCUUAAUAAAACGAAAAAAAAAAUACACAAA